UACUCACACAGACAUUAUCACAACGUUAGCAACGCUAAGCUAAGUUGGGAUACUGGAAGUCUCGCCCAUUUUUUUUUUUUGGGAUCCUGCCCCAGCCAUUGGCUAUAAAGGCUAAUCAACAAGCCAAAGUAGUCGGGGUUUUUCGGGGACGAUAGGUGCCACGAUGGAAAGUCUAACGCUGACUGAUUUCGAGCAGAAAUAUUACUCCGAUUUGUUCGUUUAUUGCGACACGGACAACACCAAAAAAGUGGCUUCAAACGGGAGAGUUCUUGACCUUUUCCGGGCGGCCCAGCUACCCAGCGAAGUUGUCCUGCAGAUCACAGAGCUGUGUGGAGCCACCAGGCUGGGUCACUUCGGGCGGAGCCAGUUCUACAUCGCUCUGAAGCUCAUUGCCAUAGCCCAGUCAGGUCUGCCCCUGAGGGUGGAGAGCCUCAACUCAGUCAAAGACCUGCCGCUGCCCAGGUUCGUGGUGGGGAAGAACGAGGCGGAGGCGAGGCACGCGGCGCUGUAUCAGGACACAGACAGUCAGGGCUUGUACCCGGCCUCUGCCACAGCAGUAAUACCCAGACCGCCGGGCCGGGGCCUCGUAACCAAGAAGGGUCCCCCGUCAACCACUUCACAUCCUGUCCACGAGGUCGCCCAGCCCCUGGCACCCAGCAUAGAACCACAGCCCGAGCCGACCUCCCCGGUGGUCUCCCCUCACCAGUCCCCCCCGACCUCCCCUCCCUCGUGGAGGAAACACAAGCGGCAGCACAGCGGAGGAAACGCAGACAGACCGCCGGCGGUGGCUGCAGCCGGAGGAGUGUGGACGCAGUUCAGAGAACCGCAAGCAGCUCCAGUGUCAGGUGACGGCAUGUGGUCCCACUCGCCCCCUCUACCCAGUCAGGAAAGCUGGGUCAGUUUCACAGCAGACACCCCGCCAUCCAGCGCUAUCCCAGCCAUGCAUCCCUCAUCAGUCCAGGAAAGCACAACGAUACGAACAGUGGCCUCAGCAGCAACGACCAAUGAGAUCCAGCGGCAGUCCAGCGGCUACGAUGAUCCAUGGAAGAUAACCGAUGAGCAGAGACAGUAUUAUAUUAACCAGUUCAAAACCAUCCAGCCCGACCUCACAGGCUUCAUACCUGGUUCAGCCGCUAAAGAGUUCUUCACCAAAUCCAAACUACCCAUUUUAGAGUUGUCACAUAUUUGGGAGCUAUCAGAUUUUGAUAAAGACGGAGCGCUGACCCUGGACGAGUUCUGCGCCGCCUUUCACCUAGUCGUGGCCAGGAAGAACGGAUACGACCUCCCCGAAAAGCUGCCCGAGAGUCUGAUGCCAAAGCUGAUUGACCUGGAUGACUCAGCAGAGGCCUCAGAGGCGGCUGCUGAUGUUGGAUACUCGGGCUCCCCGGUCGAAGUCACACCCAACAAAUCUCCCUCCAUGCCUUCACUCAACCAGGCCUGGCCUGAGAUGAACCAGAGCAACGAGCAGUGGGAGACGUUUAGCGAGCGCUCCUCCAGCUCACAAACUCUGACCCAAUUUGACUCUAACAUUGCACCAGCUGACCCUGACACCGCCAUCGUUCACCCAGUCCCCAUCCGGAUGACACCCAGUAAGAUCCACAUGCAGGAGAUGGAGCUGAAGAGGACUGGCAGCGACCACAACCAUCCUACCAGUCCACUGCUGGCAAAGCCUCCUGAAAUGCCUGAAGAAACCAAAUUACCUGCCUCCAUGAAGUUUGUAGCCGCCACCUCUGUAGGUGAUGGUUACAGCAGUUCAGACUCCUACACCUCGGACCAGGAGCCAAUCACAAGACAGAGGUCUCAUUCGGGUACGUCUCCAGAGGCUCUGAAGGUGGUUGCUGCCCCUCCUCCACCCCCGCCCCGCCCCCACCCCUCCCACUCUCGCUCCUCGUCUCUCGACAUGAACCGCACCUUCGCUGCCACCACUGCACCAGGACAACCACAAUCCUCCGCCAUAGCUUACCCUCCCGCCGUGCCUCCUCGACCUCUGCCUACACAGACAUCGUUGCCACACACCGGGCUUCGCUCUGAGUCUGAGGCUGCACCGGGAGCAGGGCCGGUGCUCACAGCCACCUCACCCCAACAGAUCCCCCAGCAGCCCAAUUUUGCAGACUUCAGCCAGUUUCAGACGUUCGCUGCGUCUGAACAGCCUUCCAGCCUGCCAGAGGUCGAUAUCCACAGUGAGCCUGGACAGGCGGAGAAGCCAUCAGAGGGAGCCGGCCCUUUAAGAACGGUGAAGAGUGACGGCCAAGCAGACGAGAGAGCAUCAGCUACUGUCAACUCUGGGGCCAAGGGUUCGUCUGGUCCGAUAGCGCCUCCUCCAAAACCUGUCCGACGAAGGUUGAAAUCUGAAGACGAGCUCCGACCGGAGGACGAGCCACACGGCCAGCAGAAAUCCAACGUCAUAGCCGCUGUUCUGGCCACUCAGCCCUCCAUUCCCAGGUCAGUGGGAAAGGACAAAAAGGCGAUUCAAGCUUCAAUUAGAAGAAACAAGGAGACGAACACGGUGUUGGCACGACUCAACAGUGAACUGCAGCAGCAGCUGAAGGACCUGCUUGAAGAGAGGAUAUCCCUGGAAGUGCAGCUGGAGCAGCUCAGACCUUUCUCUCAUCUUUAACCAACGUGAGGAGGGGAAACUCUGCUGUAGUUUUUUUUUUUUUUUUUUAAAUCUUAAGCAAACGCUGUGUGAAUCCCUCUCUCCUUCAUCCUUCAAACAUCUUGGCUUUCCCUGGAGACAUCGACCUGCUGCAGGGUGCUCUGUUAAAGCUCGUACGGCUCAAUCACCCGUCUUAUUAAUCAGAAACCAGAAGGACCUGAGAGCGCGUUCUCGCCAAGAAGAUGUGACUGGAGCGGAGCGCGGAGUGGGGAUUUUACAAACUGGCACUUUUCAAUUUCCUCGAAGGAGAGGCGUUAAGUGUGAAGACAUCAAACACCAGGACAACCAUAAGUGGCUGACAAGAAGCCGCGAGUGCGAUCUGAAGACAAACUGCUGGUGUCCGUUUAUUUUACUCUCUGAAUGACUGAAGAAGAAAGACGCUGUGUUUCGUCAUGUGUGACUGUUUUUUUUUUUGUUGCUCUUGUUCAGUAACUUCCAUGAGGUCAGCACCUUUAUGUUUUUUUUUUUUUCUGUCUCGGGGUUGCAGACUCUGCCACACCAAACUCCCUUUAAAAUCCGGCUAAUUUAAGGAAGCGCUUCAGUAUUUUUUAAACUCACUUUUGCAUCUGUGAAUGCUUAUUCGUUUACAGAAAAAUUCUGGGAUAAAUGACUCUUAAUGCAUUUAAAAGCGAUCUUAAAUAUCGUCAAAGAUAUGUCUUUCUACUGAACGUCACACCCUUUGAGUGCCGCUGUGUUGAAAAGUAGUUUGUAAAGGAUCACAGAGUCAUGCUUCAACGCACGUUACACCCUUUAAGGACAUGAGCGAGUCUGGACUUGGACUCUACAUCAGCUAGUUUGCAAUAAAUGUAAAAUUGUGAUUUUUUUUUUUUGGCUGGAGUUUGGUGUGGUCGAUCGCCCUCAUAAAACAUUCUGGGCUUCCUCUAGACGGGAGUUUUUGGGCUUGAGGCCUAUGGGCAAAGCGUCAAAGUGAAGGCUUAUUUUGACUCAAGUCCUUCUUCUCACUGCCCCUCGAAGUCGACAUAAAUGUGUUUGUUUGCCUGUGUGUGUGUGUGUGUGUGUGUGUGUGUGUGUGUGUGUGUGUAUGUGAGUGAACAUGCGUUGUCUUCUUUUCUUCAUGUUACACAGUGUUUGGGGUUUGAUGUGACUGAAUGGUUUAACUUAAUGCCAAAUGACUGAACUGUCACUCUGCUCUCUCACCUCUACUUGGGCUGUGUUUAAAAGAAAAAAACAAAACAAGAACCUUUUACCUUCCUACAGGUUUCACUUGUGUACAUCAAACAUUUCAGCUUCUUUUUUUUCUUUUUUUUUAAGACUUCUUAUUUCCAGUCUUCGACUUCACCUGGAGGAGAAAAAAAAAUACAUUUUGUCAAAAAAAAAAAAGACAGACUUGACGGGUUUGAAGAUAAUCCUGCUGCCUGGCUCCAGAAGGCGACAUCCAUGAAGAAGUGUUCCUGUGAAAUUUUCCCAGCACAGAUCCAAACUGAGGACGCAGAAACGAGUCGAUGUUUGAGAAUUUAGCUGUGUUUUUUUUUUUUCCGAUCGAGCAGUCGGCACUAUGCAAGUACGGGGCGAUACAUCUUCACACACCAACUAUACUUAGCUGUUUGUACUAUGAUAGUAGCAACUGUGUGAGCAGUAUACUCAGACUUUUUGUAUCUUAGAUCUUCCAAAAAAAAAAAAAAACACCAUUUACUGUAUGUUUGUGAAUCAUCUUGCCUUUUUUUUUUUUUUUGGUUUUUCUUUGGGCACUGACGAGCAGUCCGUUUCCCUCCUCUUGAAGCACCAGCCGGCUCCAGAGGGGGGGACUAAACUCCAGAUCAGUGUUGUUGGUUUUUCUUUUUAAUCAGGGCACUUUCACCCUUAAUCUGCAAGAUACGACCCCUCGCUGGUUGUAGAUGAAGCUAGAACACGGAGCGCAGUCAGCAGAAUGGGAGACCUGAAUGACCCAACUGCACUUUGAACUAAACCCCCUCCUUUUCCUCCUCACUUCUUUUUGAUGUGUCUUUUUUUUUUGCUUUCUUUUAACCCCGCAUGGUGUUCUCGUCUGUCUCGUGUAUUUAAAGAUGCUUUAAGAAGAAAAGAAGGUGAUGAACCACUUGAGUUUUAUUUCUUCAGUUGAACCCCCAGGAAACUUUAGUGUCAGUACCCCGUCUCCUUUCUGGUAUUUUUGUUUUAAAUCGUAAUGUUUUGUCCCUGGAGCUUCCUGUGUGUUCCAAGAAUCCGUCUUCUUCUAAAAGCCUUACUCCCCCCCCCCCCCCCCCUCCUCCCUCCUCCCCCCUGACCGGCGUUCAGGUUUCCACAGCAGCUGACUGAGCUCUCUCUUCCUUGUCGUAUCAAGGCUCGCCUUCUUUUUUCUGCUGUUGAGGACGAUGAUGUACUUGGUGUGUGUGUGUGUGUGUUUGCGCGUGUGUGUGUGUGUGUGUGAGUGUGUUCUGUUGUUACCAGACCUGGAACAAAUACCAUUUAAAACCCUGUUAAAAAACAAAAAAACCUUCUCAUGGGAUCGAUUAAUGUUUGCUAGCACAGCAGCUCCUGAACCUCCCCUCCUCCAAAAAAAAAGGCAAUCCAGGCAGGCAGAAGCAAUCAAUUGUCAACAAAAAGUCUUUGAUGGGAUUUUGAAUGCUGUUUGCUCCCAGGUCUGAGUUGUAUAUUGUAUAUGAAAACACACUUUUUGGACUCAUAUGUAAAUUUGCAUUAAUUGCUGACUAACAGCGAAAGAAUAUUCUAUUUAAUUCCUUCUCUCUUGGCUGUGGGAUCCUAGAUGUUUAACUGCAUGGAUGUACUGUAUCUCUGCAGAGUCGACUAGCAGCUGUGUGAUUUUUACACAAAAAUAAAAACGGCACAAUAUUUUAAAA